UCAGUAGUCAUGCUGAGACAGGUUAGUGGGUCUGACAUUCCUAAACAAGUCAUGUGAUUUCAAGGAAGUUUGCCUUGCAACCCAGUGUGAACACAGAAACCACUUUCAUUUCCUGCAGGAGACAGAUCAAACCAGUCAGCAGCAAAAUACAGCAAGAGGAGACGAAAACCUCCCCGUAACCAGGACAAUGAAGAAACAAAGAGAAAAGCUGCACAAGCUGACAAGCACUCAGAACUGACCUAAAUCAACAUGUCCAAUAAAAUGGAUCAGAAGACCUGUGAUCUCACUGUGGUGCUGUUUGGGAACAGCUCUGCAGUUCACUUUGGAGAUGAGAACAUCCUGCUUGGGAAAGCCCCGACAGGCAAUGCUGAUUUCUCACAGACUGUUCCAGAAUCAAGGAAGAUAUCAGGACACAGAGUGAAUGUAAUCAACAUACUGGACCUGCAGGAAAAUGAACUUUACCUGGACUCAGUGGAUGAGACCAUUGACCGUUUGUUCAGUGAAAAUGAAAUCCAUUCCUUCAUCUUCGUACUGCAACUCGGGCAGUUAACAGACAGUGAUAAGAGGGGAAUAGAAUGGCUUCAGAAAUUGUUUGGUGAAGCUGUUCUACCAUUCACAAUGAUCCUCCUCACCUACGAGAGAGAGGAGGACAGUGACACCAUCGUAGAUGAACUGAAGAAAAACCCUCUUUUAGAGCAGCUGGUGGAGAAAUGUGGAGACAGAUUCUACACCUGCAGCAAGAGCAUGAACAACCAAUCGGAGAUGAAAGUGCUGCUGGAGAAGAUCGACCUCAUGGUCUCUGAGAACAGGCAGCCCUGCUACACUGCAGAGAUGUUCAGCACAGCUUCAGACUUCAGAAAAAGCCUCCGAUAUACUCAGAGUCAAGAAAGUGGCAAUAAUUCUCAUGAGCAACAGGAGAUUACCAAAACACCCCACACACAAACAGCAGAAAAAACUAAGGGGGAGGACACACAUAAGACAGAUGACACUCAACAGUCCAAUGAAGAAACAAAGAAACAUUUAGACCAACUCUUUACAAAACUUCAUCUUAAAGGACCCCAGAAAGAAAAGCUGACAUCUGGAGAUGUUCUUCAAAUAACUGCACAGCCACUAGCUUGGCAAGAAUCCUGUAAAGAGAAAGAACUGGUUCAGACUUUCUUACAAAGACUGCUGCUGAUGGACUACAGAGCGAGAAAUAUUACCAAUAAAGAAACAGCCAGUGAGGCGGAUCAUGUUCAGUCAGGUUCAGGAAACAAAUCAAAGAAGAAAUCUUUGUCAAGUUUUAUCAACAACAAACGAGUAUCUCCUACAGGAGCCACAGAAAAUUAUUCUGUUCACCCUAUGGAUGUUCAGAUGGCCGUGUUCCACUGCUCAGAUAGUUUCCUAAAGCAGCUGAUAGUGACGAAGCUUUCACAGUGUCAGUACGCUCUCCCUCUACUGGUGCCAGAUCCCUUCACAGGAGAGAUUGAGUUUCCACUGUGGACGUUCCGACAGAUCAGAAGGAGCUGGAAAACAAGUGACCCUACUGGAAACACAACCAGCAAAACUGAAUCUAUUUGUGAAGCAGAAACUCCAAUGGUAGCCUUUUUCAGGUUCGGUUCCAUCCCAUCAUCCAAGUCUAAACUGAUAAAUGAUCUGAUCAAUGAGAAACACGAUAUGUUCUUCCACAGGGACUGUUCAGGAAGCAGCAGAAAUCGUCUACUGAUGGACGGAGUGGUGGAGAUUGCUUGGUACUUUCCGUCUCGGAAAAGUACUGAUCAUUUCACUGAUUGUGUGGCAUUCUGUAAUCUACACGGUGAUGCAGAAACUCAUGAGAAACAACUGGAGAUUCUGACUGAAAUGUCCUCAGUCAAUGUGGUAGUUUUAGGUGAUCAAGAUGAUGAUAUUCUAAGUAAAGACAUGCUUCAGAAACUCUUUGAUUGCCAAAAGCCAGUAGUUUUCAUACUUUGUGAGGAUGACUCUGACUUCAGUGACAAGAUAAACCUGCAAUACAAAAUAGGACUUAAAAAUAAGAAUAAAUCAGACUUAUUAAAGGAUCUUAAACACAUUAUCAAAUAUUGCACCUCAAACUCACCCUCUACAUUCAGUCUUGAUAAGCUUGGCAAAAUUAAGGAGCUUACAAAGGAUGAGAAUUAUGAAGGUUGUCAGAAAGGUAAAGACGCUGCUAUGCAGAUAAUGACUCUCCUAGAAGGAACAGAACUCUCUGAAUUGAAGGAAUCUUCUCUCCCACAUCAGGGGAAGCUCUGGAGGGAAUGGUGCAAGAAAAAAAAGGAAUUGCACCGUCUUCAAGGACCUAACUUAGAGACGCAAAGGAGUGAAAUACGAGCUGAAAUGAAAAACCUUCGUGAAGAGCAGCAUAAACUUGGACUCUCAAAACUGAUGGACCUGUUUACUCACACACUGAAGACAUCAGACAAAAAUGAGAAAAGCUAUUUUCUGAAAUGGCUUGGGAUCCUGCUAGAUAACUUCACCACAGAUGAGCUCUCUGGUUUCCAUAGUGCACAUGAUCAAACCUGGUCAAAGGUUUUGGACCUAAAAGGACAGGCUGAUAAAUCAGAAGACAUGAAGAAUGCAAACACACAACUAUCAAAGAAAUUGAGCGCUGCAGCCUUCGGCAUUGAACACAUUUUUAGGGAGAUGGGUCAGAUAUAUGAGGCCUGUAUGGCUGUACAAGCACGGAAAAAUGACUUCUCUCUACCCAAACUUGCAGCUGAGUCCAUGUUAUCUGGGCAUCCACUAGAACUGAUGGAUGGUGAUACAGGCCAUGUUCCUCUUGACUGGGUUUCUGCAGUUCUAGAUGAACUAAUCAAUAAACUGGGAGACCAGAGAGUCUUUGUGUUGUCAGUUCUGGGAAUUCAGAGCUCAGGGAAAUCCACCAUGCUCAACGCCAUGUUCGGACUCCAGUUUGCAGUCAGUGCUGGAAGGUGCACCAGAGGAGCCUUCAUGCAGCUGGUCAAAGUGUCUGAUGAGAUGAAGGAGGAACUGAACUUGGACUACAUUUUUGUGGUUGAUACUGAGGGAUUACGAUCUCUGGAGCUUACCGGAAUAUCAACAAGACAACUAGACAAUGGACUUGCAACAUUUGUGGUAGGUCUUGGAAACAUGACUUUAAUUAAUAUUUUUGGAGAGAACCCUGCUGAGAUGCAGGACAUCCUUCAGAUUGUUGUUCAGGCCUUUAUGAGGAUGAAGAAAGUCAGUCUAAAUCCGAGAUGUAUGUUUGUUCAUCAGAAUGUUGAUGAACUCACCGCUGCAGAUAAAAACGUAGAGGGACGUAAAUGUUUCCUUGACAUGCUGGAUAAAAUGACAACUUUAGCAGCUGAAGAAGAAGACUUUAACGCGAAACAUUUCAGUGAUAUCAUUAGAUUUGAUGUGCGGAGUGAUGUGUCAUACUUUGCCCAACUUUGGGAGGGUAGCCCACCGAUGGCACCACCAAACCCUUUGUACUGCGAAAACAUUCAAGAGUUAAAGGGAAAAAUAAUCUCGACAAUUUCACUAAACCCUGGUGUGACAUUCUCACAAUUCAAACAACGUUUAAGCAGUUUAUGGAAUGCACUUCUAGAUGAAAAUUUUGUGUUCAGCUUCAGGAACACUCUCGAGAUUGCAGUGUACAGGAGACUGGAGCAUGAGUAUAGUAAAUGGACAUGGAGCCUCAGGAGUGCCAUUCUGGGUACUGAGAACAAACUGCACAACAGAGUCACUAAUGAAGAUUCCAUCAAGAUUGAUGAAGAGGACAUCGUGGAAAGCAUAAAAGAGACAAAGACAGACGUAGAGACAUCAAUUAAAAAGUUCUUUGAUGAAGACAGAGACAAAGACAUUUUGAUUCAAUGGAGAGAAAGAUUUCAGGUGAAAAUUUCAGAACUAUGUAGUGAACUUGUACAAGGAACGAAAAGAAAAUUAGAUGAGGUCAUUCGACUGAAAAAGGCAAGAAAGGAGGUAGACUCUAAAAAGAGAAUGUAUGAAAACAAGCUCUUUAAACUGAGUAAAGAGCUCGCCUUUAACUUAAAAAACAGAGAAACUGAUGAAGAUGCACUCCAGAAAGAAUUUGAAGACGUCUGGUCCACGUGGGUCAAUGAGCUGACUUCUGACACACCACAAUUUGCUGACAUUAAUAUAUGGGGUGAUGUAACACAGAUCCUUUCAGAAAGCUAUGAACAAACCUUUGUCACUGAGCGACAGCACCAGGAAAUUUACAAAAGAAUUGAUGCCUUAGGGAAUUAUUCAGACUAUGUUAUUCUUAAAAACCAGGAAGACCCUGGCCAGGAAGACCUGCAGUCCAGGAACGAAUGUGUUGAGGAGGAAGAUAAGAAUGCUUGUGCAUUUGGACAAUUUAACCAAGGUGAGAAAUGUUCCCCAGCUGAAGAGAGUUCCAGCACCACGACUGUUACAGGAGAGGAUAACAAUUCACUCAGUGUUCUCAUUAGAGACACUGCUGAGGAUAUUAAGGCACAAAUUCGGAGUAAAUCAAUUGCAGAACAUGGAUACAGUUGUAACUACAUUCCAGAAAUAAUCAGCUUUGUAAAAGACAAAGUAACAAAACAUGAAUCCAACACCUCUAAUUAUACACUCAGAAAGGAAUUCACAGUGGACCUAUGUCUCAGUGUAUGUGACUUUGCAGCAGACUACUUUGCAGAGCAGCAUAAAGAAUUUAAAGAAGCUUAUGAUGUACGACUUUACCUGGAGAGACAGAAGCCACAGUACUUCAAUAUCUUCAAGGACUACUGCAGUGGUGCAACUUCUACAGCUGUGUUUGGUCGUGUAAUUGUGGAAACACUUAAUCCAUCAAUAGUGCAAGCAGCAUAUGAUCAAACUGCCAUUGACCUGAGCGACAAAAUGAAGUGUGAUGUUCCUGCAUUUAGUGGAAACAAAUCAAAUCAGGAAAAACACAUCCUGACAUCACUAGCAGAGGAGGAAAACUUUGAGAAUUACAUUGAGUACAUUCAGAAACCCAAAGAAUAUUGUAGUCGUUUUAUUAAGAAGAAAGUCGAUGAGUAUCUUUACAAAGAAAAAGAAAAAGUUCUGGAAAUCAUGAAAAGCAACAUCAGUUCCAAAGUAAAGCGAGUGAUGGAUGCUGUGAAUGAAGCAACAGAAGAAGUAAAACGCAACAAUGGAGAUGCUAACAUGUGGCUGCAGCAUUUAUCCAGAAAGCUGCAAGAUGAGCUUCAGCUGCAAGAAAAGUCAUGUCCUGAGCAGAGUGAAGUUUUAGACUUUGAUUUUCUUCGAGAGAUUGUGAUCGCAGGACUAACUAGCUCUAGGUCAGAGAACAACAACCGCUUUCAAGACAUUUCUGACCUCAAGUGGGAAAUGUUCAGGAAGAAACCGGAAGACAUUCUGAUGGAACAGCUCUGCCGAUGUUGCUGGGCACAGUGCCCGUUCUGUAACGCCAUCUGUACCAACACACUGGAAAACCAUAGUGGAGAUCACAAUGUUCGUUUUCAUCGCAACCCUGGAAUAAACGGAUGGUCUUUCAAGUUUACAGAUAACCUCGGAAUUGAUUUCUGCACAACAUUUAUUUCAAGUAAAGUGCAUUUUUGUGCAAAUGGUAAAGUAUUAUCUUUUAAGGACUACAGAGAAGCAGGUGGAGAAUAUGCCAAAUGGAACAUCACCCCUGAUAAUUCAGAGAUGCCAUAUUGGAAAUGGUUUGUGUGCAGAUUUCAGAAGGAUCUAGAAAAUCACUACAAGAAACAGUUCACAAAAAAUGGAGAGAUUCCCAAUGGAUGGUGGGAUUACACCAAGGAACAAGCUAUUGAAAGCUUAAAAGAGUUGUAGUGUAUUUCUGAAAGGCUGAAAAUCACUGAUGCCCUGUUUUAUUCUUUUUUUUUUUUUUAGUAAAACUUAUUUUCAAUGGGACUCAAUACCCAGUCCCUAUUGAGUAUGAUGAGUAUCGUGAAUGGAUUUAAGUUGACUUAAAUAAUGAAAUGAGCUGAAUAAACUCUGAUGUUUCAUUAACAUUUCUUCUCUCAGCCAGAUAAAUAAAAUUAUUGCAUGCAUUUAAAAGAUUGUAAAGCUCUUUAAAUGUUUGAAUAACCAUAAAAAGUACUAGCAGGUGAUAAGUAUAAAUAUAGGGUGGAUGCUGUGUGAGAAGGAACAACGGUGGCCAACAGAAACAGAUGUCAAUAUUUGGCUACAUGUUUAAAGUCAUCUGCAUAUUCAAUUGCCUUUUCUCUUUUUUUCUAUACAUCUUUAAUCAUUAAAUUAAUUAAAACAAUGGUCUUUUGAUAGCUGUUUUGUAGAGGUAAUUUACAUGCAACAGGUGGGCAUGUUCUGGCUGUAUAUUUAAUACGUAAUACAAUCUUUAAGGAUGUGUAAUCAAUGUAAUAUUAUUAUAUAUAUAUUUGU